AUGCUCUCGUCCCGUCUCUCCCGCGCACUCCCGCGCACUGCCUCCAUUGCCCGCACACCUGCAUUCAGAGCUCCCACCACCUCUUUCCGGAGAUGGAAUUCUACCGAGGGCGGCGAGGAGAAGGUGAAGGGCCAGGUCAUCGGUAUUGACUUGGGAACAACCAACUCUGCCGUUGCUGUUAUGGAGGGAAAGGCCCCUAAGAUUAUUGAAAACGCUGAAGGUGCUCGCACAACUCCCUCCGUUGUCGCUUUCGCCAAUGAUGGCGAGCGAUUGGUCGGUAUUGCCGCCAAGCGCCAGGCUGUCGUGAACCCCGAGAACACUCUGUUCGCCACAAAGCGUCUCAUCGGUCGUAAAUUCACCGAUAUCGAGGUUCAGCGCGAUAUUAAGGAAGUUCCUUACAACAUCGUCCAGCACACAAACGGCGAUGCCUGGGUCGAGGCCCGUGGACAGAAGUACUCUCCUUCUCAGAUUGGUGGCUUCGUCCUCCAGAAGAUGAAGGAGACUGCCGAGGCUUAUCUUAGCCGUCCCGUCAAGAACGGUGUUGUCACUGUUCCUGCCUACUUCAACGACUCUCAGCGUCAGGCCACCAAGGAUGCUGGCCAGAUUGCCGGCCUGAACGUCUUGCGUGUUGUCAACGAGCCCACUGCUGCCGCUCUUGCCUACGGUCUUGAGAAGGAAGAUGACCGUGUCAUUGCUGUGUACGACUUGGGUGGUGGUACCUUCGAUAUCUCCGUUUUGGAGAUCCAGAAGGGUGUGUUUGAGGUCAAGUCUACCAACGGUGACACUCACUUGGGUGGUGAAGACUUUGAUAUUUCCCUUGUCCGCCACAUUGUCCAGCAAUUCAAGAAGGAGUCUAGCCUCGAUCUGUCCGGUGACCGCAUGGCUAUCCAGCGUAUCCGUGAGGCUGCUGAGAAGGCCAAGAUUGAACUGUCUUCGUCCCUGCAGACUGAGAUCAACCUUCCUUUCAUCACUGCCGAUGCUUCCGGUGCUAAGCACAUCAACUUGAAGAUGACUCGCUCUCAGCUCGAGGGCCUUGUUGACCCCCUUAUCAACCGCACCUACGAGCCCGUCAAGAAGGCUCUCAAGGACGCCAACUUGCAGGCCAAGGACAUCAACGAUGUGAUCCUCGUUGGUGGUAUGACUCGUAUGCCCAAGGUGUCUGAGUCUGUCAAGAGCAUUUUCGGCCGUGAGCCUGCCAAGUCUGUUAACCCUGACGAGGCUGUCGCCAUCGGUGCUGCCAUCCAGGGUGCUGUCCUCGCUGGUGAGGUCACUGAUGUUCUCCUGCUCGACGUCACCCCUCUGUCUCUCGGUAUCGAGACUCUCGGUGGUGUCUUCACCCGUUUGAUCAACCGUAACACCACCAUCCCUACCAAGAAGUCCCAGACUUUCUCCACUGCUGCCGACUUCCAGACUGCUGUCGAGAUCAAGGUCUACCAGGGUGAGCGUGAACUUGUCCGUGACAACAAGCUCCUCGGAAACUUCCAGCUCGUCGGUAUCCCACCUGCCCACCGUGGUGUUCCUCAAGUUGAGGUUACCUUCGACAUUGACGCCGACUCCAUUGUCCACGUUCACGCCAAGGACAAGUCCACCAACAAGGAUCAGUCCAUCACCAUUGCUUCUGGCUCUGGUCUCACUGACUCUGAGAUCCAGAACAUGGUUGACGAUGCUGAGAAGUACGGUGCUGAGGACAAGGAGCGCAAGGCUGCCAUCGAGUCUGCCAAUCGCGCCGACUCUGUCUUGAACGAUACCGAUAAGGCCCUCAAGGAAUUCGAAGACCGUCUGGACAAGGCCGAGGCUGACCAGAUCCGCGAGAAGAUUGCCAGCCUCCGUGAGUUCGUUGCCAAGGCUCAGUCUGGCGAGGGCACUGCCACCGCCGAGGAGCUCAAGCAAAAGACCGAUGAGCUCCAGACUUCCAGCUUGACCCUGUUCGACAAGAUGCACAAGGCCCGCCAAGAGGAAUCCUCUCAGCAGUCCGGCCAGUCUGGCGAGCAAGGUGGCCAGCAGGGUGGUGAGGGCCAGAACAAGCAGUAA